AAACUGAGUGAAGAACAUUUUGAAACUGGGCUGGUUUGUUUCAUGACUCACCAGUGAAUGCUGCAGUUCAGCUGAAACACACAGUGUGUUCCCUCCCCUCUGGCACAGCGAAGAGCUCCAGCUCCUGCUACAUCCACAAUCCCCUCCUAAUCUUAAUACCUGAUCCAUUUCUCGUCACUCUUUCUAAACUCAGGGACAGAGUAGAAACUUGGUAAAAAUUGCAAACCUGGACAAAAUAGUCUUCCUGCGAUUCUAAUAGGCAUCUAUUAGUAAAUGGUGACCAUCCUCCUAGAAAAUGAGGCUCGCCUACUUUCUCCUCACCAUCCUGCUUCAGGACUGUUUUCUGUUGCAAAAAGCACUUGGGCAAGGGACAGAAGUAUCUAACAGUGUGUUAACCUUCCAAGAUUGUCCUGUGGAUCUGUUUUUUGUCCUGGAUACCUCUGAGAGUGUUGCCUUAAGGAUAAAGCCUUUUGGAGCCUUGGUUGACCAGAUCAAGAUAUUCACAAAUCGAUUCAUUGAUAAGUUAACUAACAGAAAUUAUCGGUGCGGCAGGGAUUUAGUCUGGAAUGCUGGAGCCUUGCAUUACAGUGACGAGGUGGAGCUGAUCAAGGAACUCACCCGUAUGCCCAGUGGACAGACUGAGUUAAAGAACAGAGUUUCUUCGGUAGUUUCCAUUGGGAAAGGGACAUACACAGACUGUGCAAUCAAAAGAGGGAUCGAGGAGCUGCUCAUUGGAGGGUCUCAUCAGAAGGAAAAUAAAUACCUGAUUGUGGUGACAGAUGGACAUCCCUUGGAAGGCUACAAAGAGCCCUGUGGGGGACUGGAAGAUGCUGCCAAUGAAGCAAAGCAUCUGGGGAUCAAAGUGUUCUCUGUCGCUAUAUCUCCAGACCAUCUGGAAUCCAGGCUAAGUGUGAUUGCUACAGACCACACCUAUCGCCGCAAUUUCACAGCAACUGGACUGUCUUCAUCCCCACGUGAUAUUGAUAAUACAAUUGACACCAUCAUUGAUAUGAUUGAAAAGAAUGUGGAGCAUGAGUGCUGCUCAUAUGAAUGCCAGCCUGCUCGAGGCCCCCCAGGACCAGCCGGGGAUCCAGGAUAUGAGGGAGAAAGAGGGAAACCUGGCCUACCAGGAGAGAAAGGUGAAACAGGAGAACCUGGGAAGCAAGGUGAUCCCGGACCAGUUGGUUACCAAGGAAUGAAGGGGGAAAAAGGUCUUCGAGGAGACAAGGGCUCAAGAGGUGCAAAAGGAGCCAAGGGGGAGAAGGGCAAGCGUGGCAUUGAUGGAAUUGAUGGCAAGAAGGGUGAACAAGGAUUUCAUGGAUUGUCAGGCUGCAAAGGAUCCCCAGGAUUUGAUGGCUUACAAGGCCCUCCUGGACCAAAAGGAGACCCUGGAUCUUAUGGACCCAAAGGAGUAAAGGGAGAACCUGGACUUGAGGGAGCACCUGGUAGGCGUGGGGUCCCUGGAGCCCCUGGAGAAAAAGGUACAUCUGGAGAGCCUGGAUCCCCUGGGGAGAAAGGAGAAAUGGGAGAUGAGGGAAAUCCUGGCCCAGAUGGCCCUGUUGGAGAGAGGGGUGGCAAUGGAGAAAGAGGACCACCAGGUGUCCCUGGCAACAGAGGGCCAAGAGGAGACAAGGGUGAACCAGGGCCACAGGGUGACCAGGGCCGAGAAGGACCUUAUGGACCACCUGGAGAACCUGGUGCAGCUGGGCCACCUGGACCUAAGGGAUAUAGAGGAGAUGAGGGACCUAAUGGACCAGAGGGCCCAAAAGGAUUACCUGGACCACCUGGAUUACCUGGUGACCCUGGCUUGAUAGGUGAAAGGGGAGAAGAUGGCCCGCCAGGAAAUGGCACUGCUGGUUUUCCUGGCUUCCCAGGAUAUCCUGGUGACAGAGGUGCUCCUGGGAUCAAUGGUUCCAAAGGCUAUCCUGGUCCAAAAGGUGAUGAAGGAGAGAUUGGAGACCCUGGGAGGGAAAGCAACACAACAGGAACCAGAGGCGUGAAAGGAGCCAAAGGGUACAGAGGACCAGAGGGCCCUCCAGGACCUCCAGGACCCAUAGGCCCUCCUGGACCAGAUGAAUGUGAAAUUUUAGAUAUCAUCAUGAAAAUGUGUUCUUGCUGUGAAUGCAAGUGUGGCCCUGUUGAUGUGCUGUUCGUUUUGGAUAGUUCAGAGAGCAUUGGCUUACAAAACUUUGAGAUCGCUAAGGAUUUCAUUGUUAAGGUCAUUGACAGACUGAGCAAGGAUGAACAUGUGACGUUUUCCCAAGGGGAAUCCCAUGUUGGUGUUGUGCAAUACAGCCAUGACAAAACUCAGGAACUGGUGGCCAUGGGAGACAGAAACAUUGAUAGCGUUGGGGCUCUCAAAGAGGCUGUGAAGAAUCUGCACUGGAUUGCUGGCGGCACCUUUACUGGGGAAGCCCUUGAGUUCACCAAAGAUAACUUGGCGCAGCGAUUUACCUCUGACAAGAGAGUGGCCAUAGUCAUCACAGAUGGGCGGUCGGACAUACUUCGGGACAAAACACCACUUGAUACUCUCUGCAAAGCCAACACCCAGGUGGUUCCCCUGGGCAUUGGUGACAUUUACAGUGCUCCUCCAAACCCUGAGCAAUUAUCAUCUAUUUCCUGUGGAAGAAACUCUGUUUAUCGAGACAACUACGCUGAGCUGCUUGAUGACACUUUUCUACAGAACAUAACUGCUCAUAUAUGCAAAGAAAAGAAAUGCCCAGACUACACAUGCCCAAUUUCUUUCGCUGAUUCAGCUGAUCUCACACUCCUUGUUGAUAGUUCGACCAGUGUUGGGAGCCGUAACUUCAAUAUCACCAAGACGUUUGUGAAACGCCUUGCAGAACGAUUCCUGACUGCAGCCAAACCGGAGGGUAAUGCUGUGCGCGUCUCUGUGGUCCAGUACAGUGGCAAAAACCAGCAGAAACUGGAAGUGCCAUUUGGAGAGAACUACACCGUGAUUGCUGAUACUAUUGACAAAAUGGAGUUUAUUAAUGAUGCCACAGAUGUGAACGCAGCCCUGAACUAUGUCACAGACCUGUACAGGCGUUCUUCCACUCCUAGAACCAAGAGGAAGGUGUUAAUUUUCUCUGAUGGCAACUCUCAAGGCAUAACCAGAAGUGCGAUUGAGAGAGCAGUUCAGCAGGCUCGACAGGCAGAAAUUGAAAUUUAUGUACUAGCAGUUGGCACGCAAAUCAAUGAGCCUAACAUACGUGUGCUUGUUACUGGGAAGACAGCUGAAUAUGAUGUGGCCUAUGGAGAGCGCCAUCUCUUCAGGGUGCCUGAUUACCAGUCUUUGCUGAGGGGGGUAUUCUAUCAAACUGUCUCCAGAAGAAUAGCUGUAGACUGAGGAACAGGAGUUACAGAUUCUAUAUUUUCAGAAAUAAAAUGUUAGCUACCGAUGGAACCCAUGUCUUUAGACAAAGCCAUAGUCCACUUGUGCCCUUUCAGCACUGUCCCUACCUGUUUUCUUUAUUCUCCAUGAAUUCUUUCAACCUGCAGAGGAAAAUGAAGGCUGAUUUAUUCCUGCAUUUGUUGGUAGUGUUCCGAAAAGUCUGUUUUCACAGCAUAUUUAACAAAGAUAACCUGGGUGGAUAAGGAAUGCACUAUUCUCUUCUCUGAGAUUUCACAUGGAUGUUCAGAUCUUUUUCAUAAAAUAUCCCCUUACUUCACUGCUAAAAUGUUUUUUAACCUGUCUGUUCUUUUGUUUUGUAACAAGAAAGAUACAAAGUAAUGAUUCUUGUUUAGACUAGUCAUUUCUGGAAAAAUGACAUUGCCUCACAAAAAUAAGGGACAUUUAUUGAGAUACCUGUUGCUCUCCAAGACGAAUAUAGAAGUUAUUAAACUGUUAUUUCAGGUAUGCAGUCCAGUUCAGAGCGAAUUAUUUUAACAGGAAUUAAACCAACAGCAUCUCACCCAAACUAGAGCCUAGGCAUGAAGGAAGCUACAGAUGAAUCAUUCAGCUAUGUUGUUAUUAAUACAUGUGUCUUGAGAUUGGGCAUCUCAACUUCAGAGGUCCCUCUCCUUUCCAACGUGAUGGUCAAUGUAGGUGCUACCCCACUCACACCCAUAGCUUGAGGUUUACAUUACUGUUUUGUUUCCCCCACCCUUCCCAAAUCUGGUGUCCUCCAGGUGCUUUGGGUGACCAUCAGACACAGGCGGGGUUAGAGAUCAUGAGGAUUUUAACCCAAAAUACCUCUAUGGUACCAUGCUGUGGGAAGCCAGUUUUCAAGUCAUUCUUGAAAAGUUGGACAGGUUUGGACAAGUUUAAUUCAAUAUUUCCAAUGGUGCUCUAACUAUGAAUUUCAUAUGCUUAAAAAAGGAAACUUUUCAAGAUUGUCGCUUUUGUUGUUUUAUAAUCAGUAUUCAUUUUACCACUUCAUUUUAUUUUAUUCCUGUGUUUUACUGACAGCUGUUCAUUUUGAAAUUUAUUCAAAUAAAUUGUUUUCCACAGA